ACCGAAGAGAGCGGCUGAAAGACGCGCGGAGCGGCCCGGGGGAGCGGCCCGGGGGAGCGGAGGAGGGCUGGACACGGACCAGAGGACACAAACAUGUAACGCACACGGACACGAGCGGGACCGGCGCCUUGUUUCUGUCUUUCUUUGUCGGUGGAUUGUAUCAGAAGCGGAAUGAACCCUGCAGAAGCGGCCGAGGAGGCGCCCAGCAGCGACCCAGACACUGAUGCCUUCUACAAAACAGGUUCUCUCCGGACCGAAACCCUAAAGGCGUCUGAUGUUCUGCCCAUCCUGAAGGAAAAAGUGGCCUUUGUCUCAGGUGGUCGGGAUAAAAGAGGUGGACCAAUCCUGACGUUUCCUGCCAGAAGUAACCACGACCGAAUAAAACACGACGACCUGAGGCGUCUGGUCACCUACCUGUCCACUGUGCCCAGUGAGGACGUGUGUAAACGUGGCUUCACUGUGAUCAUCGACAUGCGCGGCUCUAAGUGGGAGCUGAUCAAGCCUCUGCUGAAGACGCUGCAGGAGGCGUUUCCUGCAGAGAUCUGCGUCGCCCUCAUCAUCAAACCUGACACCUUCUGGCAGAAGCAGAAGACCAACUUUGGGAGCGCCAAGUUCUCUUUUGAGACCAGUCUGGUGUCCGUGGAGGGUUUGGCUAAAUUGGUCGACCCGUCUCAGCUGACCGACGACUUCGAAGGUUCUCUGGACUAUAACCACGACGAGUGGAUCGACCUCAGGCUGUCUCUAGAAGAGUUUAUGUCCAACGCAGUUCAUCUUCUGUCACGCCUCGAGGAUCUGCAGGAGCUUCAGUCAAAGAAGGAGUUUCCAUCAGAUGUGGAGGGAUCUCGACGGCUCAUAGAAGAACACACACAACUCAAGAAGAAGGUGCUGAAGGCUCCAGUGGAGGAGCUGGACCGUGAAGGCCAGAGACUACUGCAGUGCAUUCGAUCCAGUGAUGGGUUCUCAGGGAGAAACUGUAUCUCUGGCUCUGCUGACUUCCAGAGUCUGGUUCCUAAGGUGGCCAGUCUCCUCGAUAAGCUCCACUCGACGAGGCAGCACCUUCACCAAAUGUGGCACGGCCGUAAACUGAAGCUGGACCAGUGCUUCCAGCUCCGCCUCUUUGAACAAGACGCAGAGAAGAUGUUUGACUGGAUCAGCCACAAUAAGGAGGUGUUUCUCCAGAGUCACACAGAGAUCGGUCGUGGUUAUCAGCACGCCGUGGAGCUGCAAACACAACACAACCACUUCGCAAUGAACUCCAUGAACGCUUACGUAAACAUCAACAGGAUCAUGUCAGUGGCCAGUCGUUUGGCCGAGGCCGGUCACUACGCCUCCGCUCAGAUCAAACAGAUCUCAGGUCAGCUGGACCAGGACUGGAAGAGCUUCGCCGCUGCUCUGGACGAGCGCUGCACCAUCCUCGCCAUGUCCUCCGUCUUUCACCAAAAGGCCGAGCAGUUCCUGUCUGAGGUUGAAGCCUGGUGCAAAGUCUGCAGUGAAGGAGGUCUGCCCUCGGAGAUGCAGGAGCUGGAAGUCGCCAUCCACCGGCACCAAAGCCUCUAUGAGCAGGUCACCCAGGCCUACACCGAGGUGAGUCAGGACGGCAAAGCUCUGCUGGACGUGCUCCAAAGGCCCCUGAGUCCCGGCAACUCCGAGUCGCUAACGGCAACGGCAAAUUACUCCAAAGCGGUUCACUGUAUCCUGGACGUGGUUCAUGAGGUACUCCAUCAUCAGCGACGUCUGGAGAACAUCUGGCAACACCGCAAAGUACGACUGCACCAGAGACUUCAGCUGUGUGUGUUUCAGCAGGACGUCCAACAGGUGAUGGACUGGAUCGAAAACCACGGGGAGGCCUUCCUCAGCAAACACACUGGCGUCGGCAAAUCCCUCCACCGAGCGCGCGCCCUGCAGAAGAGACACGACGACUUUGAAGAUGUGGCUCAGAACACGUACACAAACGCAGACAAACUGCUGGAGGCGGCGGAGCAGCUCGCUCAGACCGGAGAGUGUGACCCUGAGGAGAUCUAUAAGGCGGCACGACACCUCGAAGUCCGAAUCCAGGACUUUGUCCGAAGAGUCGAGCACCGGAAACUCCUGCUCGAUAUGUCUGUGUCGUUCCACACACACACCAAAGAGUUGUGGUCGUGGAUGGAGGAGCUACAGAAGCAGCUCUUGGACGAUGUGACCUGUGACUCUGUCGACUCGGUUCAGACUCUGAUCCAACAGUUUCAGCAGCAGCAGACGGCCACGCUGGAGGCCACGCUCAAUGUCAUCAAAGAGGGGGAGGAGCUAAUACAGCAGCUCAGAGACGCCGCCAUGUCCACCAACAAAACACCGCACUGCAGUUCCAUUGCACACAUCCAGGGGGUGCUGCAGCAGCUGGACGAGGCCCAGGGUCAGAUGGAGGAGCUCUUCCACGAGCGCAAAAUCAAACUGGACAUCUUCCUACAACUGCGCAUCUUUGAGCAGUACACUAUAGAGGUGACUUCGGAGCUGGACGCCUGGAACGAGGACCUGUCACGGCAGCUGAGUGACGGGGGUCGCUCCGGGGGGGGCAGUGGGAGCAGCAGUGGGGGGAGCAGCGCCUCCUCUGGCAGCUCGGAGGACAUCGCUCUGGCCGAACAGAGGCUCAAACGACACGCGGAAAGAAAGACCGCGAUGAACAACAUGACGUACGAAGUGAUGCAACAAGGCCAGGACCUGCACCAGUACAUCAUGGAGGUCCAGGCUUCAGGGAUUGAGCUGACUGCAGAGAAGGACAUGGACUUGGCUGCUCAGGUGCAGGAGCUGCUGGAGUUUCUUCAUGAGAAACAGCAGGAGGUGGAUCUCAGCGCUCAACACAGUCACACGAGGCUGGAGCAGAGCUUACAACUGCGCCACCUACAGGCCGAAGUCAAACAGGUGCUGGGCUGGAUCCGUAAUGGGGAGUCCAUGCUGAAUGCCAGUAUGGUGAACGCCAGCUCGUUGUCUGAGGCGGAGCAGCUGCAGCGGGAGCACGAGCAGUUCCAGAUGGCCAUAGAGUCUUUGUUUCACGCCAAUUCUCUUCAAAAGACUCAUCAAAGUGCCCUGCAGGUCCAGCAGAAAGCAGAGAUGAUGCUCCAGGCCGGACACUACGAUCCCGAGGGCAUCAGAAACUGUGCAGAGAAAGUGGCGGUGCACUGGCAGCAGCUGAUGCUGAAGAUGGAGGACCGCCUCAAACUGGUCAAUGCGUCUGUGGCGUUUUACAAGACGUCAGAGCAGGUUUGCAGUGUGCUCGAAAGUUUGGAACAGGAAUAUCGUCGUGAUGAGGACUGGUGUGCCACUCACGAGAAGAUUGGAGCUACAGCAGAGACGGACCAUCUCCUCCCCCUGAUCAGCAAACACCUGGAGCAGAAAGAGGCGUUUCUCAAGGCGUGCACUCUGGCUCGGAGGAAUGCGGAGGUGUUUCUGAAGUACAUCCACAGGAACAAUGUGAGCAUGUCUGGAGCUGCGAGCCACGCCCGAGGGCCCGAGCAGCAGGUCAAAGCCAUUUUGAAUGAGCUGCUGCAGAGAGAAAACAGAGUCCUUCACUUCUGGACUCUGAAGAAACGACGACUGGACCAGUGCCAACAGUUUGUGAUGUUUGAACGCAGCGCCAAACAGGCUCUGGACUGGAUUCAGGAAACAGGUGAAGUUUACCUGGCCUCACAUACGUCACCUGGAGACAGCAGUGAAGAAACACAGCAGCUCCUCAGUGACUAUCAGCACUUCAGACUGUCUGCCAAGCAAACCAAAGAGAAGGUGAAGCUGCUGAUCCAGUUGGCAGAUAACUUAGUGGAGAAGGGCCACGCUCAUGUGUCCGAGCUGAAGAGGUGGGUCAGCACCGUGGACCGCCGCUACCGCGAUUUCUCCGUGAGAAUGGCCAAGUAUCAGGAGAGCCUUGAGCGGAGUCUGGGGGUCAGCUCAGAGGACACUAAAGACUUGGAGCUGGACAUCAUUCCUGCUAGCCUCACGGACAACGCUGAGGUCAAACUCCGCGACCCCAACCACGAGGUCAACGAGGAGAAGAGGAAGUCGGCCAGAAAAAAAGAGUUCAUCAUGGCGGAGCUGCUGCAGACGGAGAAGUCCUACGUCAAAGACCUUCAGGACUGCUUGGAGACGUAUCUGUGGGAGAUGACCAGCGGAGUCGAGGAAAUCCCUCCAGGCAUCGCCAACAAGGACCACAUUAUAUUUGGAAACAUGCAGCAGAUCUACGACUUCCACAGCAAUAUUUUCCUGAAGGAGCUGGUAAACUAUGAACAGCUCCCAGAGGACGUGGGCCACUGCUUUGUGACCUGGGCUGAUAAAUUUCACAUAUAUGUUGAUUACUGUAAGAACAAACCAGACUCCAGUCAGCUGGUACUGGAGCACGCUGGCACCUUUUUUGAUGAGAUUCAGCAGAGACGUGGACUGGCUAACUCCAUUAACUCCUACCUCAUCAAACCAGUCCAAAGAAUCACCAAGUACCAACUGCUGCUGAAGGAGCUGCUGUCGUGUUGUGAAGAGGGCAAAGGAGAGAUCAAAGAUGGUCUGGAGGUGAUGCUGGGCGUGCCCAAGAGAGCCAACGAUGCCAUGCAUCUGGCAAUGCUGGAGGGGUUCGAGGACAGUGUGGAGGCUCAGGGGGAGCUCAUCCUUCAGGACAGUUUCCAGGUUUGGGAUCCUCGCUCUCUGAUCAGGAAGGGGCGAGAUCGACAUCUGUUUCUCUUUGAGUUUUCUCUGGUCUUCAGUAAAGAGAUCAAGGACACAGCUGGACGCACCAAGUACCAGUACAAAAACAGACUGCUGACUUCAGAGUUGGGGAUAACUGAACACAUUGAAGGGGACCCGUGUAAAUUUGCUCUGUGGUCAGGAAGAACCCCGUCCUCUGAUAACAAAACUGUGCUAAAGGCCUCUACUAUCGAAGCAAAGCAAGAGUGGAUCAAGAACAUCAGAGAGGUGAUCCAGGAGAGGAUGACCCUGAAGGGGGCGCUGAAGGAGCCUCUGCACCUGCCCAAAGCCCCAGCUCUGAGCAAACCCAGGAACAAGAGGGAGGGACUGGAGGACGGGGACAGCCAAGGGGACGGCAGCAGUCAGCCGGACACCAUCUCCAUCGCCUCCAGGACGUCCCAAAACACAGUGGACAGUGACAAGCUCUCUGGAGGCUGUGAGUUGACAGUGGUUCUUCAGGACUUUACGGCCGGAUGCAGCUCAGAGAUGUCUGUGAGCACAGGUCAGACCGUGGAGCUGUUGGAGCGUCCCAGUGAGCGUCCAGGCUGGUGUUUGGUCAGGACGACGGAGCGCAGCCCGCCUCAGGAGGGACUGGUGCCGAGCUCCGCCCUCUGCGUGUCGCACUCGCGCUCCAGCGUGGAGAUGGACUGCUUCUUCUCAGGGAAAGAAAACUAUCCAUCCGAUGGGAAGUCAGAGUCUGUGGCCAACCUGCAGCCUCAGCCCUCCCUCAGCUCCCUGCACUCGGGUCUGCACUCGGGUCUACACUCCAGCAGCUCUCCGGCCGGACCGGGGCCCAAGCGCUCAGGAAACACUCUGAAGAAAUGGCUGAGUCCAGUACGACGCCUCAGCAGCAGCUCUGUGAAGAAACUGCCCAACAACAAACAGAAGAAGACGGGCGCAGGCAUCGGUAAUGAGGGCUUCGAGCACAGACAGAAUAUCACUCUGCAGGAUGACAUCAUCGAUGAGAUGGCCAAUAAGGAGGUCCAUUUGUCGAAGUCGGGGAUGCAGAGCGGAGGAGAGGAGGAACAGGAUGAGGAGACGGCGACCCCACUGCCUCCACCCAUGGAGAUCAUCAAAGAUCCUUCUGCCCCAGACGACAAGUCCUCCACCCUGCUCACCUCCAUGCAGCCCUCCUCUGAGGUCCCCAGUGCUGCUGAACUCGUUAGCGCCAUAGAAAAACUGGUUAAAACCAAAAUGCCCCUGGAGUCGGGAUCAUACCCAGCUUUCCCAUCCCUGUCACCUCCAGAACAGACCACACCGGUCCAGCCUCGAAACCCUGAGCUGGAGCAGAGGGCCAAGGCCAUGAGGGGGCGAAUGUUUGUCUUGAAUGAGCUGAUUCAAACAGAAAAGGACUAUGUCAAAGACCUUGGAACUGUAGUGGAGGGCUUCAUGAAGAGGAUAAAGGACAAAGGCGUCCCUGAAAACAUGGAAGGAAAAGACAAGAUUGUUUUUGGAAACAUUCAACAAAUCUAUGAGUGGCACAGAGACUAUUUUGUGGGGGAGUUGGAGAAAUGUCUGGACGACCACGAUCACCUCGCUGAGCUGUUUAUCAAACACGAGAGACGACUUUACAUGUACGUCGUCUACUGUCAGAAUAAACCCAAGUCAGAGUACAUCGUAGCAGAAUAUGAUUCAUAUUUUGAAGGAAUCCAGCAGGACAUCCAGUCGAGGCUGAGCAUCAGUGAUUUUCUCAUUAAACCCAUCCAAAGAAUCACUAAAUAUCAGCUGCUGUUAAAGGACUUUCUGAAGUACAGCUUAAAGGCUGGGAUGGACUGUGAACAGAUAGAGAAAGCCGUGGACAUAAUGUCCCAGGUUCCUAAACUUUGCAAUGACAUGAUGAAUCUGGGGCGACUUCAGGGUUAUGAGGGCAAACUGACCAAUCAGGGCAAACUACUGCAGCAGGAGACCUUCUUUGUGACGGAGCAGGACUCUGGGGUUUUGUCCCGCUCCAAAGAACGCCGCGUUUUUCUCUUUGAGCAGAUCGUCAUCUUCAGUGAGCUGCUCCGUAAAGGCUCGUCCACACCAGGAUACCUCUUCAAAAAGAGCAUAACGGUGUCGUAUCUGGGUUUGGAGGAGAGUGUGGAUAACGACCCCUGUAAGUUUGUGCUGUUGUGUCGACGCACGUCAGAGCGUUUCACUCUUCAAGCGGCCAACGUUGAAAUCAAACAGAUCUGGGUCCAGCACAUAAAGGAGCGCUUGGAAUAUCGAAGCAACUUGUUAGAUGCUCUACAGUUUCCCCAAAUGCACCAGAACGACAAGAGCUCCUCACUGAACAGACAGCGCUCCACCUCCAGCAGCCAGCAGGGGGCCCACAGCCGCCCCUCGUCUGCAGUGGGCCUCAGCGAGAAGGACGUGGACAGGGGCAAGAGCCAGAUCAAAGUGUCUACCUCCAACGGGGGCUCGUGUUUCAAUCCCAGGGACAGCGAUGGCGGCUGUAAUGGCUUCUCGUCCACCAUGUUGGUCACUCAGGACUAUUCUGCUCUCAAGGAGAAUGAGAUCAAUGUGACUCAAGGAGAGGUCGUCCAAAUCCUGGCUACUAACCAGCAGAACAUGUACCUGGUUUACCGUCCGGCCAACAGCCAGUCCCCGGCGGCAGAGGGCUGGGUCCCAGGUCAUGUGCUCGGCCCGGUCACCAAACCCCUCAGAGACUCUUCUUCGGCCUGUUCCUUCUCCGCAGCCGUGGCCGACGCAAACAAUAUCAAAAAGUCAUUAUCGUGGAACACACUGCGCGCCAGGAAGCGCGCCGAAGCCAAAGAUGUUCCUCUGGGGGUCAGAGGUCAAGAGAAUGGGCUUGUCCGUAAGCCCAAAGAAACCACGCCCCCCUCGUCAUUGGGGUCUCCCGGCGCCAAGGCCAAGGGCAAAGAUGUCCACACGUCCGACGAGUCCGACUGUGAAGAUGACCUUGACCCGAAAACUGGGAUGGAGCUUCUUAACCCCAACUUCAUUCAGGAAGUGGCCCCUGAGUUCCUGGUGCCUUUGUCCGAUGUGGUGUGUGCGUUUGGAGAGACUGUGGUCCUCUGCUGUAAAGUGUGUGGGCGUCCCAAACCCACCAUCGCCCUGAAGGGCCCUGACCAGAGUCCAGUCACCAGCAACAGCCGCUUCUCCAUUGAAAUCAGGGACACGGGGGACAUCCUGUUAAAAGUGUGUAACCUGAUGCCUCAAGACACGGGUAUUUACACCUGUGUCGCCGUCAACGAUCACGGCUCCGCCUCCUCCUCGGCUUCUAUCAAAGUUCAAGGUAUCCCCGCAGCCCCGGGCAGACCCACGGCACAAGAGGCGAGCAGCACCUCCGUCAUGGUGCACUGGCCUCCACCAGCUUCAUCCGCCCAAAGCGCCGUGAGCAGCUACAGUGUGGAGUAUCGUCAAGAGGACUCGUUUCUGUGGCAGCAGGUGUCCAGCAGUCGAGAGGAGUGUGUCCAGAUCCACACUCUGAUCCCGGGGGGACAUUACCAGUUCAGAGUGCGUGCCUCAAACCGCUGGGGAGUCGGACCUCCAUCUGAGCCGUCCAACAUGAUCACGUUACCCAGCGGCAAUGCUGGUUACGAUGGAGCCACAGUUCAAUGGAAAGAGAAUUUUGAGACGUCUUUUUCAGAACUCUUAGAAAUUGGCAGGGGAAGGUUUUCUGUGGUCAGAAAAUGUCUGAACAAAUCUACUAAGAAGGAGGUCGCCGUUAAGUUCGUCAGUAAGAAGAUGCUGAAAAAAGAGCAGGUAGCUCAUGAAGCAGACAUCCUGCGUCAGGUACAGAGUCAACAGGUGGUGGCGCUGUUGGAUGCAUAUGAAUCCCCCACAUUUCUCAUGCUGGUUUUGGAGUUACUGGAGGACGGGCGUUUGUUGGACUAUCUGGUGGCUCACGAUGAGCUGAUGGAGGAGAAGGUUGCGUUCUUCAUCAAAGAAACACUGGAGGCUCUGCAGCACCUUCACACCUGCAGAGUGGCCCACCUCGACUUAAAGCCUGAGAACAUCAUGGUGGACUUGCGCUCCCAGACUCCAGGUGUUAAGCUCGUAGACUUCGGUGAUGCCGUGCAGCUGACCGCUCACCGGCGCUACGUUCACCUGCUGCUGGGGAAUCCAGAGUUCGCUGCCCCAGAACUGAUCCGAGGGACCCCGGUCUCUGUGUCCACUGAUGUGUGGAGUGUGGGGGUCCUAGCCUACGUCCUGCUCAGCGGAGUCUCCCCUUUCCUGGACGAAUCUCCAGAGGAAACCUGCGUCAACAUCUGCCGCCUGGACUUCUGCUUCCCCGAUGAGUACUUCCAGGGCGUGAGUCAAGCUGCAAAGGAUUUUGUUACAUCUGUGAUCCAACAGGAUCCCAGAAAGAGGCCCAGUGCCACGUCCUGUUUGCAGCACCCAUGGGUGGGCCGAGGGGGGGUCCACGGUGGAGAUUAUUCGAAGACUCCUCUGGAUACAACGCGCUUGUCCACUUUUAUAGACCGAAGGAAGCAACUGCACGAUGUCAGACCUGUCACCAAUAUUAAGGGUCUGGUCAGCAGCAGUAUGGGCAACACACUGUGAAGGUCCAAACUUCUGAAGACAUUUGUAUUUCAUUUAUCUUAAAUUAUGUUUUCAUAUGUAUCAGUUAAAAGAACUGGACAGUUCAUGAGCCAUCGUUUGAAACUGCUGACGUUAAAACUAUGACUCUUUUACAAACGUGAACCUGUUCUUUCUGGAAGUUGAGGCUGUGCCUUGACAGUUGAAACUGUAAUCCCCAUCACUUUUAUUUAGUCCAGUCAAACUCAUGCCCCAGGACCAUUAGAUGUACAUAUAUAAAGCUUGAAUCUAUAGGUAAAGCCAUAGCAAUGUUUCCUUAGAUGCCUUUUGAAAAUCUUGUAUUUUCUGUGUUUCGUCGCAUCUUGAAAACUAAAAAACACUGGAUGUAUUUAGCUGAUAGAAUGUUUACUGAACUGUGCUGGACUCACCCCUGAGAUCAAAGUGGACUCACCCCUGAGAUCAAACUGGACCCACCCCUGAGAUCAAACUGGACCCACCCCUGAGAUCAAACUGGACUCACCCCUGAGAUCAAACUGGACCCACCCCUGAGAUCAAACUGGACCCACCCCUGAGAUCAAACUGGACCCACCCCUGAGAUCAAAGUGGACUCACCCCUGAGAUCAAACUGGACUCACCCCUGAGAUCAAACUGGAUUCACCCCUGAGAUCAAACUGGACUCACCCCUGAGAUCAAACUGGAUUCACCCCUGAGAUCAAACUGAACUCACCCCUGAGAUCAAACUGGACAAACGAGAGAGCGCUGGAGAGAUGCAAAAGAAGAAACAAGAACAUGUUUGUUGUUUACAGUGCUUUGUACAAUAGUCAUUGUCAUGUACAGUCGUCUAAUCAGAAGGCCUGCGUGUGAACUCACCAGGAAAGUUUAGAAAUCAGUUUCAAAAAUAAUGUUCUUGUUUGGAGCCAACACCUCCCCUACGGACUCAUAUGUGGACUUGAAUGAAGAUUCGUAUGUGGACUUGUGGGGACUUGUGUACAGACUCGUAUGUGGACUUGUGGGGACUUGUGUACGGACUAGUAUGUGGACUUGUGGGGACUUGUGUACGGACUCGUAUGUGGACUUGUAUCAAGAGUCGUAUUUGGACUCUUAUGUGGACUUGUGGGGACUCGCAUGCGGACUCGAUUGUGGAUUCUUGUGGGGACUUGUAUUUGGACUUGUGUGGGGAUUCGUAUGUGGACUUGUGGGGACUACUGCAGUCUUAUGGUGACUUGUAUUUGGACUUGUGUGGGAACUUGUAUUUGGUUUUGUGGGGACUCGCAUGUGGACUUGUGGGGACUUGUAUUGGACUUGUGUGGGAACUUGUAUGUGGAUUUGUGGGGACUCAUAUGUGGACUUGUGGGGACAUGUAGGCAGACUCGUGUGUGGACAUAUGACGACUAGUGUGUGUGGACCCGUGGGGACUCAUAGACGGACUCGCAUGGACUUAUGAGGACUCAUGUGUGGACUUAAAUGAGGACUUGUGGGGACUUGUGUGUGUGUACUUGUAUGGGGACUUGUGUGGACUCUUAUGGGGAAUUGUGAGAACUCGUACGGGGACUUGUGAGGACUCAUAUGGGGACUUGUGGGGACUCGUAGGCGGACUUGUGUGUGUGGACUCAUGGGGACUUGUGUGUGUGGACUCAUGGGGACUUGUGUGUGUGUGCUAGUGUGGGGACUCGUAUGGGCACUUGUGGGGACUCGUAUGGGGACUUGUGGGGACUCGUAUGCAGACUUUGUCUCGCUGGUACGUUAGUGGCUCCAUUCAUUCAGAUGAUGUAACUUUCACUGGGGAAGACACAAACAUGCCUCUGUCUCACAUGUUUUUACUGAUGAAUGCCUUUUGUAGUUUGUAGAAUGAGUUUCCAUCCAAAGUGCUGACUGCUCAGUACUUCUCACAGAUCGACUCUUAGGCUGUUUUUGUGCUGCUUCAGACUGACAUUUUGUGAUGUACAAUAGAAAGCAUUUAUGGAACUUGUGGCUUUGAAAUGGACAAUAUUGAGCAAAUCUCAAGAAGAACUGGAUCUAAAGUCUAAAGUCUGGUUUAAAUAACAGGGUGAAAUCACUGCAUGAAUGAGUCAAAACUCUCAAUAUGCUAAUCCAUUUGUGUCCUUUAUUAUGUUAACCCCUCUGGAGAUUAAUCAUGCAAGUUAUGAAGUCUAUUUUAUGACAAAAAUGCCAGACCUGGAGUGAGUUUUGGCUCCUAAAAGUUGCCUGCAAAUAUGUGAACUUAAAGACUACUACAUAGAAAAGAGCAGUUAUCAGACCUGACUGUCACAGCUGUCCUGUCCAGUCCAUUCAAAAACUUGGACAAAUGUGAAGCAUAAAUGCAUUUUACAGUAUUAAAGUGUUGAAUUUC